AUGUUGGCGUCGGCCCCUAAAGUGAAGGCCUACUUGGCUAGUCUGAAAGGAAGCGUUAUAGAUUCCGAAAAACCAGACUUUAUACUCUGUUAUACAGCGCUUCUCAAACUUGAACUGCUUCAUAGGGGAGUAUUGCUCGACUCAACAAAUGAUCUAUCCAAAACGCUGGACUCCGUGACGGUCACGGCCGGGAAAGCACUGCUAGACUCAUCUAUCGCAUCCAUGCCGAAAACACUCUUAUCGGGUAUUUCGGCAUUCGCUGGCAGAAUAGCUGAAAAUGUGAAUACUGCUGUGAUGGAUUCAGGGACAUAUUUAAAUGAGUUAUCUGAGCUGGACGGGGAACGUAGUCAAUCCGCACGCCAACGUUGUCGCGAUGUGGGCGAUAAACGACUUUACGCAAUCUUACUCAUCGCUAGCGAGAGAAAGCUACUAACGAAUGUCCAACUCUCUGAGCGAUUAUUGUUUCUCGCAGAAGGUUACUACUAUCAUGCCGCAAGUUUGCAACCAGAUGCUCCUAUUAUGUGGAAAAGGGCCUGGGAUACCAUCGUUGAAAGACAAAAGAUUAAUGGCAAGAAUGAUGAAAACUCCUGGGAGGCGACAUUUUCACUUCAAAAUCUACGCCGUAUCGCCUCAUACAAAGGGAACGGUAAGCGCGCGGCAGAAUUGGGUUUAGCUCUCGUGCAGAGUCUCCUCAAUUCUGUUGACUGUACCGAAAGCAACGUAUCUCUCAAGGGCCUUCUCGAAUCAUUUGUGCAGCCUUAUCGGGAACUGGAACCAAUGAAACGCAAGUAUGCAAACAAGAUGGCUGCUGAUACUGUAGAGUCCAUAUCUGAGGAAAGUCUAUCAGAACUGGACCUUUUUCUUCUAAAACAACUGUCUCUAAGGGUUUGCUUGUCUGGCGAAGAUUGGGCAAUUGAACAAAUAGCAGAGGACGAAAUCAAGCAACGAGAGAAUCGUAAACCCCUUGAAGCAGUAAUCAAACCCUUAUCUUUGGAAGCUGUACGUGGCCUUGUAAGAAAGGAUUAUUUGGCGAACCAAGAUUCUUUCUCUGAGAAGAUGGAUAAGUUUGCAAAUGCUCUACGCGACGCUGUCUUACUGAAUUUUGCAGAUUCUAAAGCACGCAUUAAUGGCUGUAUUGACCUAUUGAAGUAUUUGUCGCGGAUGAAGGACAAGUACCAGGCUAGAGCUUAUACAUUGGCAUUAGGCUCGACAGAACGAUGUGUUACAUUGGAAGAUAUCGCGAACUUCGUUAAGCCUAUCUUGUACGCCUUGCGAGAACGAGCCGCUUGGAGUGGAAUCGAUGAGAGUGCGGAAGAAAGGAUACAUAGGUUAGAGAAAUGCUUCAAUGAUGUGUCCGUAGAAGAAUUGGGAUAUAUCGAGGCAUGCGCUUUGAUAGUCCCAUUUUUAGAAUGGAAAUUUUCUUGCUCAGAUUCUGUUGUGAUGCUAUUUGACAUGGAAUCUCAUUGCUUUGUUCAAGAACUUCUUUGGAUGCUUCGUAGAAAAUGGAAGGCUGUCGCCGAACAUUCCCAGACGACUGCUACAGUGAAGAAUCAAGUAGAUAAAACGGAUCGACGCAUUCAAAAGAUCGACUUGGCACUUUUGUCGACGAUGGCUCUCCUCGCUCUGGGGUUGCCUUCAGGUUCCACCUCUGAUGUUCGACGUGUGACGGAUGCGGCAAUCUCUUUUUCAAUCAAAGAUGUCAGCCAAUAUUCAAGUGAGAGUGGUGGUCCGUUUCUCUCUUUCCUUGUCGCCUGGAAUGGUCUAUCUCGAUCGCCCUGGCAAUUUUGCGGAGUUGCCGAAGCUCGCCGAAUACUAGUCGGUGCAAGAGCGUGCUUACUGAAGUCGGCAAGAGCUUGCGGUCAAACAUUCUUGUCGGUUGGUUCACUGCUCCUUGACAUCGCCAAGGCAGAUGCGGAAAUGCUGUCUAUUGGAGGAGGGUUGACUCAUGAAGUGCCACUCCUUUACAGAGCCGUAAUGACGGCAGCAAAGGACACUGGGAGAAUGGCGGACAACUUAGAACUUAUACUGCAAUCACAUAUUUUCUCGGGUUGGGGGAGGUUACUUAUCAGAGAACCAGCCCUGCAGUUUGAGGCAGUCAAUGCGCAAGAGAAUGUAGUAGACGUAUUGAAAGGGUACUUGAUUGCUUUGCAAAGAAUGGACUGUGAAGGCUCUUUUUACUUGUGGCGCUCUCCAAGCGCAGUGAGGAACGCGGCCUGCUAUCAAAUUGCGGCUGCGAGGCAGAGAAUUGCUGAUCUGCUGCUUCACAAGGGUGAGCUAGAGGAGGCGCAGUUUUUUCUUCAAGACGCGGUAAACGAUGCGCCUGAAGAUCAAAAUGCAUGCUUUUCUUUGGGUGUUUUUCAACUUCGACUGAUGUGUUGUGAACAAUCGCGAUUGCCUGUCGAUGAAAAAGCGGCACAGAUGCACCUUCUACGAGCUGCCAAACUAGAUUCGAGUCGUCCCGAUCCCUUCGCCUUGCUAGGAUAUUGGUAUGAAGAGUCGAACGAUUACAAACGGGCUGCUGGAUGCUAUUCGAAGGCUUUGCUUCUUGACCCUUCGCAUCCAGUAGCUGGUCGUGGUUUAUUAAGACUGAAAGCUGGAAACCUACUGGGUGUGCUUGAGAAGGCAAUUGAUAGGGGCUCCACGCUCAGCGGAUGGGCAUGGUUGGCGCUUGCGACCCACAAAGCCAACGUAUUGGGCGACGACGAGCUUGCCGUAGUGUCUCUCGUGAAUGCUCUGCGUUGCCGCGACAUUCUGAACCCUGAAUCUGAGCCUCUUGCUUUCUGCUAUUAUGACCCAUUAGGCCCACGUGACUCUAGCUGCAGCGAUCACGCUACGGCUUUGUGCGCUUUAGGUUCUAGCUACGAGCGCCUUGGUCGCUAUACUGCCGCGCUUCGGUCAUUUCAUUCUGCUAUUGACGAAUCGUCUCUACACGUCACCACAGCAUCUCUCAUUUCGUGUGCGCAAGUCGAGAUUAAACUUGGGUUAUUUGAAGACGCCGCAGAACGACUGACAACAGUCGUAUCUACGGAGAACAAGGACGAGCGACUUGUUGCUGCGCAAAACCUUGGUAUAGCUCUGCAUGCACUUGCCCAACGGGAUCUCCAUGAUGGAAAGGCUGGUGCAGCUCUUUCGCAUAUUGUCCGAGGCAUAGAGUUCUUGCAGUCACAAUUGGAAUCUCAUGUCUGUCUACAAAAACUGAUCGGGGAUCUUUACACCUAUGCGGCUGUGUUGCCUCCCGACCUAUUUGAAUCGACCUUCAGCAACAGCUCAUCGAUUAGCCCCAAUGGUCAGUUGAGCCCGCAUUAUCAAUUUAUUGCCGCUGGAGAAGAAUUUUACAAUAUUGCAAUAUCAAACGCCACGGACCUUUUCAAAGAAGGCGAUGAAUUGAAGCAUUUGCAGGCCAGCCUGAUAAGUGACCUUGGUUGUAAUAUUCUUCUCCAGGCUCAAUCAUGCUUUUCAGCCCAUGUACACGGCGUUACAUCUCCUUCAAGAAAGGAGGUCUUACUCACCUCUGCAGCGACUAAGUUUAAAAGUGCUCUGGAAAUUGACCCUCUACAUUCUCCAGCUUGGUGUGGACUUGGAUGUGCGUUAGCCGUAAGCGAUCCCCUUCUUGCACAGCACGCCUUUUCACGUGCAAUCGAACUGGACAAGGUCAGUCCCGAUGCGUACGCGAACCUCGGUUUCUUGUACACAUCUAAUGCCAGAUUAGCCGCGAGCGCCGGGGUCUCUGAUGCGUUGACCGAAGUAGCAGACACACCCAUGAUGUGGAUCAACCGAGCUAUAGUUCUUGAGUACCAGGCUCGGCAAUCUCACCAGCAAGAGGAAGAACAACAAUACCGUGGCUAUAUUCGGGAAGCUUCAAAUGCUUACCUUGCGUCAAUGCAAGUAGUGAAGCGGCCUGCUGCUGUCCUUGGUAUGUCUCUGUUGUCCCGUAUCGACUGGGGGAAUCCCGAGGCACCAUACGCCCAGCGCGAAAGCUCCUAUUACCUCGAUGAGUAUUUGGCCUCCGUUGGUCCAGCCGACUUGCCUGCUAAAAUACUACAAAGAGUGGCCUUUUUGGAGAAGUCAGCUUCGAGCCAUCGAAGCACUUCUCCAGCUGAGCUAUCGGCGAUGAUCUCCGGUGUUACAGAUGCCACCAGCGAUCUCAAGGCAAUUGGUAUAGGUAGUGAAGCCGGACAAGGUCUUGACCUGGAUUUGAUCAGCGGAAUAGGAGCAGACGUGGCGACUGAACAUUCAGAAGAAGGCACAGCCUGUGAAUUGUCGUUGCCUAUACCAAUUGGUCGUCGCCUGAUGCUGACACCACGGGAUGGCUCCGUGUGGUUGGAACUUUCCAAAGAGUUGGUGUUUGCUUUGAGUAACGACUCACCAGACUGCUCCUUUGAUGCUGCCCGAUCUGCUGCCGUGCAGUCACUCAACAUUCUGAUGAGAAGCGUGUUCCACACUUCCUAUGUCAUGAGCAAACCAGCAAAGUACAAGGCUGCCGACGUUUCGGACGCUCUGUCCCUUGCCCACGUACUGAAGAAUAAGGCUCAGAACGAGUGGUAUUCAUCAAGCGGUCACGACUUUGAUCUUCAGCGAGCACUCAUUUUAUGCCCCACCAACAAAGUUGCCAGAGCAGCGCUGACCAAUUAG